AUGUUAACGACGGCCUUUCCCACGAAGCGGGCGAGGAAGACUCAGAGUCUGCCGCUCCCGUGCAAAUCCACAAUGGCAUUUGGCUCGCAUGAGGACAUGGUCAGUUCUGACGAAGAUUCUGCACUGGUGAAGAAGGAAGGGCAGGUGGAUUCUAAGGAGGACCCUCUCAACCCUGACAAUGAUCCCGAAUUAGAGAAAAAUGGGAAGGGUGGAAAGUUCCAGUCGAAGGUGGCCAUUCUGCAGGUCACGUGGAGGCAAGGCAAAAGGCAGGUGCAGUAG